AUGGCUCUCUGUGUCCCCGUCAGCCAGGCUCCUCGUCAUCCCUGCCACCAGCUGCUGGCCCUGAGUCACAGCGGUGACCCUGAGGUGGCCGGACCGUGCAUGGCGGGCAGCGAGGAGUUUGGGGUGCUCAAGGGCAGUAGCAAAGCUGCACUUCCAUGUCGCCAUCCUGCCAAGCUCAAAGGGUGGGACAGGAGCGCGGGACAGCUGCCCAAAAGCCUCUCCUCCAGCCCCGUUAAGAAGCCACCCGAGGAGGGGAGCCCUGAAGAGCAGCAGCAGCAGCGCCCGAACGGGGCGGCCGCCGGGCCGCCGAGCCCCGGCUUGGAUGAGCGCGGCUUCGGGGACAUCACGGAGCUGCCGGUCGUGGUGGCCAAGAGCGGGGCGGGCAUGAAGCACGCCGAGUCCAUCAUGUCCUUCCACAUCGACCUGGGGCCCUCCAUGCUUGGCGACGUCCUGAGCAUCAUGGAUAAGGAGCAAUGGGAGCAGGACGAAGACCCCGAGGCGGAGGAGAGCCGCGAGGAGGAGGCGGAUGCCGCCGUGCCUGGUUCUCCUGUGGCCUCCGCGGCCUCACCGAGCCACAGCCAGAGCCAGAGCCCGUCCCGCGGCACCGGUGGCUGCUGCCCCAGGGACAACAGUUUGGCAUCCGGCUGCACCUCAGGGCCCGAGGAGCGCAGCCCCGUCCCGGGGACACCGAGCCAGCGGGGCACCCCAACACGCCCCGACAAGGAGUUCUCAUUCGCCGACGAAGACGACGACGAGAUCAGAGUAUAA